AUGAUGUAUGCCAGCAUCUUUCAGCUCUACAUCUUGAGUCUGAUGGGAAACAGGCUCAUCAUUACGACAGUAAUCAAGGAUCGUCAUCUCAAGAAGCCUAUGUAUUUCUUCCUUAGCAACCUUUCUUUCAAAGACAUCGGACACACCACAACUUUCAUCCCCAAGAUGUUGCUCAAUUAUCUCUCCGAAAAGAAUUCCAUCUGUUUCUUCUGCUGCAUAAUACAACUGUGCGUCUAUUUUCUUUUUGGGAUGACUGAAUUUUUUAUCAUCUCUUUGAUAUCCUUGGAUAGGUACUUAGCCAUCUGCUAUCCUUUCAGAUAUGCCACUAUCCUGACCUCGGGGGUCUGCCUUAAAUUGGCAAUAGGAGCAUGGUUUGGAGGCUUUUUCUCCAUUCUUUAUCAGCAAGUGCUCACUGCAAAUCUACCCUUUUGUGCUUCCAAUGUUACCAAUCAUUUCUACUGCGAUGCUGGACCUGUCUUGAAGAUUGCAGGAGGAGAUACACAUCUCAUUGAAGCCCUGGGCUUCCUUGUUGCUGUGGUUGUGUCCUCCCUGGUUUUCACUCUCAUUUCGUACUUCUUCAUCCUCUGCACCAUUCUUCGAAUGCCUUCAACCUCCAGACAGCAGAAGGCCUUUUCCACAUGUGCUUCCCAUCUGGUUGUGGUCAGCCUUUUGUACGGGUCGGCCUGUUUUGUCUACUUAUGA